AUGCCUGAAAUCUACCACUCGCACCCGGAUUACGGUUUCCCCCGUGACUUCAAGGGAUACGGUGAAAAAGGUCUUGCCUGCACGUGGCCCAACGACGCUAAAAUCGCCGUUUCUUUUGUCAUCAACUACGAAGAAGGUGGCGAGAAAUCCGUCCUUGCCGGCGAUGGUGUCUCCGAGGCGAACCUCCGCGAGAACCCCAGUGGCCCGCCUCGCAUCAACGAGCGAAAUUACAAUGUUGAGUCCGAGUAUGAGUAUGGCUCUCGCGCAGGCUUUUGGCGCCUCUUCCGUCUAUUCAACUCACGCCACAUGAAAUUCACUCUAUAUGCCGUCGCGCAAGCCGUAGAGGAGCAGCCAGAGGUUGCGACUCGCUGCGUCGAGGAAGGUCAUGAUGUUGCAUCGCAUGCGUACCGCUGGGUCGACUACCAUGAUUUUCCUGUGGAGAAGGAAAAGGAGUAUAUCCGCAAAGCCAUCACAUCUUUAAAGUCGCUGACGGGAUACGCGCCCAAGGGAUGGUACUAUGGUCGCAACUCGCCACACUCGAGGACUCUGGUGCCCCAGGUGUACGAGGAGAUGGGCGAGGAGUUAGUCUGGGCUAGUGAUACUUACGCUGACGACGUACCCUACUGGAUUGACCUUCCUCUGGAGCGAGAUAGGGAGGAUGCGAAGGGCUGCUUGAUGGUGCCGUACAGUUAUGACUGCAACGAUUUCAAGUUUCACGUUGCUGGCUCGGGGUUCCGCGACCCUAUGGGGUUCUAUACUCACUUAAAGAAUGCGUUCGAUGUGUUGUAUGAAGAGGGACAGGAAGGUACGCCAAAGAUGAUGACCAUUGGCUUACACUGCCGCAUUAUUGGUCGUCCUGGCAGACUGGGAGCUCUGAGAGACUUUGUAGAUUACAUUGCACAAAAAGAAGGCGUUUGGGUAGCGACAAGGACAGAGAUCGCAGAGGCCUUCAAGAGCAAAUACCCUUAUAAGAAGGGGCAGUUGGUAUAA